AUGGAUACUAGUACAAAUAAGCGACAAAACAAUAAUAGUAAUAGCGAAGCUCAAAAGAAAAGAAGGUUUACUUUAACCAACAAACAAAGAUAUAAUUUAUGUCUUCAAAAAAAGAACGAACCUAGUAUUAAAAAUCAAGACCUUGCUGCUCAAUAUGGUUCAAAAGAAGCGACAAAUAAGAGAAGCAAAAAACCUGUUUUUGUUGACAUUGAAUUGGCAGUGGCACUUUGGAUAGAACAUGUUAUAGGCAAUAAGCAAACAUUAACAGGCUAUCUUAUCCAAAAUAAGGCGAAAGAAUUUGCAACAUUACUGAAUGAAGAUAAAUUUAAUGCUUCAAAUGAGUAUAAAAGGCAAGGUGAAGCUGAUAGUGCACCUUUGGAAGAAUUACCCGAAUUUAGAAGUAAACUACAAA